AAUCGGAAGGGGUGUGUGCGCGAGCGCAGGCGGGGAGGGGGCUCGCUCGGUGCCCGGAGGCCCCGCUCGCAGGUCCCGGGGUCCCGGUGGCUGCCGGAGCGCUCGGUCCGCAGGCGGCCGGCGGGUGGACCCCUCCCGCCCCACGCGCGCGCCGGCCCCCCCCCCCCCCCCCGCGGCCGCCCUCCUCGGCUCCCGCGCGCGGCGGCGGCGGCGGUUCCCCCCUCCCCCAGCCCUGGCUCCGGGGGACCCCGCGAUGCCGGUCCGCACCGAGUGCCCCCCGCCGGCCGCCGCCUCGGCCGCCUCGCUCGUCCCGCCGCCGCCCAUCAACACGCAGCAGCCCGGCGUGGCCACCAGCCUGCUCUACAGCGGCUCCAAGUUCCGCGGCCACCAGAAGAGCAAGGGGAACUCGUACGACGUGGAGGUGGUGCUGCAGCACGUGGACACGGGGAACUCCUACCUCUGUGGGUAUCUGAAGAUCAAAGGCCUCACCGAGGAGUAUCCGACCCUCACGACCUUCUUUGAAGGGGAAAUAAUCAGCAGAAAGCACCCGUUCUUAACCCGGAAGUGGGACGCGGACGAGGACGUGGACCGGAAGCACUGGGGCAAGUUUCUGGCUUUUUAUCAGUACGCAAAAUCGUUUAAUUCAGACGACUUUGAUUACGGAGAGCUGACGAGCGGGGACUACGUCUUCAUGAGAUGGAAGGAGCAGUUCCUGGUCCCGGACCACACGAUCAAGGACAUCAGUGGUGCUUCCUUUGCCGGCUUCUACUACAUCUGCUUCCAGAAGUCGGCGGCCUCUAUAGAGGGCUACUAUUACCACCGGAGCUCGGAAUGGUACCAGUCGCUCAACCUCACCCAUGUUCCGGAACACAGUGCGCCCAUCUACGAGUUCCGGUGACAGCGGUUCGCGACAGCAACCAAAUAAACUGAACUUGGCAAAAAAGAACGUUGCCAAGAAAACUGUGUACCUGCUGGAACCAGGAGAACGUGUGUUCCUGUUUCUUCACGAGCAGACUUGCAUCAGAAAGCAUGAAUGUCGACCCACAGCCUCCGAGGGCUCUGACCAGCGGGCAGGUGGCGGGCGGCCGCGGUCCCCCGCCCCCUCCGUGGCGUGUGGUCUUAAGCUGGUUUUAAGCUACCGUAAAUGCACUUUUCCUUCCUGCACAGCUAACGUCUGCAUCACCGAAACGCACAUCCCUUCGUCCACCCCCGCCUCCAGCUGCGUAGAAGGUCAGCCCCGGGCCCCCUCGGCCUUGGUGCUCACGGGUCCCCACCCAGGCCCCCCGCCCCCGGUUGCUCACGAGAAGGCAGAAGCCAGCCCCCUGUGCCCCGGAGCGCCGUGCGGGGAGCCGGCGGGCGGCUCAGCGGGCUGGGGCACUGCCAGCCCCCGCGUGCUCGCGCCGAGCUCGCGUGUGGCCAGCAGGCUCCCCGGGCCUGGCGCCGGGUCACAGGAUGUAAGGCUUCCAGAUCCCCGGCAGGAGCAGAUUCCAGUCCUGCUCACUCAGCACGUUUGCUCCAAACUUUUGAACUUGAGGGCAAUACUAAACUUUAAAAAAAAAAAGGUUUUUUUAUUACAAAAUUAUUUUUAUGGUCUCUUGAACAAGGACCCUAUGGCAAGUGCACAAUUAUUCAGAAUUACAUUUUACCGUUUUCACAUUGAAAAC